GGGGAGUGUAUGCACGAGGGGUGGGUCCGUGGCAGCGGUGGGGGUGGACAGCCGCCUGCGCAUGUCAAGGCUGACUGAACAUACGCGGUCAAAGGGGACCUGGAGAAGGGCAGUAGGUCACCGCCACCCAGGGUCCGGGACCGGGCACGAUCCUGGGGCGAGCUCCGGGGAAGGGGCCCACCCUCCCUGUCCCCUCUCCCUGAGAUCGGCAGCGCGACAGGAGCUUCCGCCUCCUUCCCCGCCCCUCCGGACCUUCCCGGGGAGCGGAGGGCGGGUGUGGACGCCCCGGAAGCCACCCGCCGGAAAAAAGAUGCCUGCCUUCAACAGAUUGUUUCCCCUGGCUUCCCUCGUGCUCGUCUUCUGGGUCAGCGUCUGCUUCCCUGUAUGUGUGGAAGUGCCCUCGGAGACGGAGGCCGUUCAGGGCAACCCCAUGAAGCUGCGCUGCAUCUCCUGCAUGAAGAGGGAGGAGGUGGAGGCCACCACGGUGGUGGAGUGGUUCUACAGGCCCGAGGGCGGUAAAGAUUUCCUUAUCUACGAGUAUCGGAACGGCCAGCAGGAGGUGGAGAGUCCCUUCCAGGGACGUCUGCAGUGGAAUGGGAGCAAAGACUUGCAGGACGUGUCCAUCACUGUGCUUAACGUCACUCUGAAUGACUCUGGCCUCUACACCUGCAACGUGUCCCGGGAGUUUGCUUUUGAGGCGCAUCGCCCCUUUGUGAAAACUACACGGCUGAUCCCCCUCCGAGUCACCGAGGAGGCCGGAGAAGACUUCACCUCUGUGGUCUCGGAGAUCAUGAUGUACAUCCUCCUAGUCUUCCUCACCUUGUGGCUGCUCAUCGAGAUGAUAUAUUGCUACAGGAAGGUCUCAAAGGCCGAAGAGGCAGCCCAAGAAAACGCGUCUGACUAUCUUGCCAUCCCGUCGGAGAACAAAGAGAGUUCGGCUGUACCCGUGGAGGAAUAGAGGCGGGCGCCUGGGGUGGCGAACAGGGAAGGGCCGGGGACGCUGCAUCCG